AUGACAGUGUUUCUCCUAAGAACAGCCCUAAAGGCAAUAUUCUCCGAAGAAUAUGUCUUCACCCCCGGCCAACCUGGCUAUGAGACCCUCAUCAACGCCUACAGCUCAGCCACAGAGAGCGAUUUCAAACCAGCAUGUGUCUUUUGUCCGCGAGAUACCACGGACGUGUCGCGCUUUCUGAGCAUCAUCAAGCCGUUCACUGAUCGGGAGGAAAUCAGGUUCGCCGUCCGGAGUGGAGGUCAACAGACAACACAUGCAUGUGCGAACCUCGAUAACGGGAUCACGGUCGAUCUGAAUCUGCUCCGGGGAAUUGACCUUCAGGAUGGAAUUGGGUUGGCGGUAACGGGACCGCUUUCGACGGAGAGUGGGAUCGGGGGUGUUGUGUUAGGUGGUGGUCUAUCCCUCUUCUCUUCCCGCGAAGGCUUCGUCUGCGACAAUGUGCUCAACUUCGAAGUCGUGCUCGCAAACGGGGAAAUUGUGAAUGCCAACCCGAAAACCAAUUCCGAUCUCUGGGAGGCUCUGCGCGGUGGAGGCAACAAUUUUGGAAUCGUCACUCGAUACGAUAUGCGGACAUUCCCUCAAGGCUCUCUAUUCGGAGGGAGCCUGUGGUAUGAGUGCUUCGGGUUCCCACACCAGAUUGAGGAGCUGGUGAAGGUGCUACAGACGUCGCAGCAUAUGAGUGAUAUGUAUCUGCGAGCGACCAUAGUGUAUCAACGCAAAUGGGGGUAUUUGUGUGAGAAUAAGUUGUAUUAUACACGUGCCGAGGCAGUUCCAAAAGCCUUCCGACCGUUCAUGGAGAUGUCAUAUGAGGUGCAGGACUAUCGGCGCGUGGGGAUGGUGUCGGUUACGGAGGCUGUGGCGUCUGUGCAACAGCGUCGGAGUCGGGGUCCUGGUGUGGAGAUGGAGAGUUGGAGUCAGAAUCCAGAUGUGAAGGAGAAGGACCAGAGGCAGACGAGGUGUGCGUAUAUGAACACAACGGUGAAGGCAGAUGAGGACACACUGUUGAGAGCUUUUUAUGAGUUCUUUGCUGUGGUGGAUCCGGUGAGGUUCACGAAGGGACUACGACUGUCGAUGUCGUUUCAGCCGUAUCCAGUGUCGUUGAUGAGGAAGUCGAAGGAGUUAGGAGGGAAUAUGCUGGGGUUGCAUCGAAGGGAUGGGCCGUUGGUAGGGAUAUUGUUGCUGGCGUAUUGGGAUAAUAAGGAGCAGGACGGGGUGGUACUGGAUUCGAUGAAGUUGAUGCUUGGGAGGAUCGAGGAUGAGGCUGUCCGGCGUGGUACGGGGUCUCGUUUUAAACUUAUGAACUAUUCAUCUGACUUUCAAGAUCCGAUUGGAUCUUACGGGCCUCGCAAUAAGCAACGGCUUCAGCAGGUUAGUCGGAAGUAUGAUCCGAAUGGGAUGUUUCAGAGGGCAGUACCUGGGGGGUUCAAGUUGAUGGAUCAUUAUUGGGGUGGGGGUGAGCCGUAUUGCCAAUUGCCUUAUCUUGCAUGA